AUGCCUUUCUCUUGGACAACAGAUCGUGCUGCGGCGCCUCCAAAUGCGUCCGCAGCACCGUCGGGCCGCAUUUCGGCAUCGCCGCAGACACGUCCGUCUGGACAUCGCAGGGGUCUGCCGCACUCGUCGUCCAUCUCGUCGCGCCACAGCAUCGUCAGCACCGAAGCACGCACCGCUGCUGCCCUCGCCGCUCCCCAUUCCCUCUCGGUACCCAAAUCGGCCUCCUCCGCCGCACUCACCAGCACAGACGAGAGCGACGACUUCCGCCGCUUCCUCGACGAGGCACAUGCCACCGACCAGGCCGCUCGCAGCUUGGGCGCACACCCACCGCAGCGUGCAGCAGCCGGAGCAGCAGAGUCACUCAGAAGAGUCACAAGCUCUUCCACGUUAAACAGCAUGCAUGAUCAGCGCGUUGCACAGCCAGCACGCCCGGCGACCAGUGCAGCACCGGUCGGAAGGGUGCGCAAGAACUCGACGCUCUCCACUGCAUCUAGAGCGCAGAGGUCCGUGUCCAACUAUUCGAUGAACUUCCGCAACCCCACAAGCCAGUUCCUUGAACACCUCUCCGCAGAGGCUCAGACGCCCGAGCUUGGAAUCGACGACACUCCAGUCGCAGGGCGUGCGGUCGACAACAAGAGCCAUCUCACUGCGCUUGGCCACGCCGCACAGCUGCAGACUCGGACUGCCUCGGGGAGCCACUCGACCAAGAUCUCCAGUGCAAAGGGCAAGGCUCCGGCACACCAAGUACCCGUCAGAUCGCCCACCGUACCGAUCGCGACUGCGACUCCGUCGCCAUCCGUGCGCAUCAAGCCCAGCGUUUCAGGCAACGCGGCAGCUUCAGCUUCAGCUUCUGGCUCGGGUUCGGCCCGAUCCCCUCCUUCGAACCAAACGAGUCAAUCACCUGGCACGUCGCCGACUGCUCGCCUCUCGCCGCUGUCGCCAAGACGUAGGCCGCAGAGCUACAUCCACAAACCUCCAUCAGAGCCCUCGGGCGUCGUCUCGCCGCGCAGGCUCGGUGAAAGUCGUCUUGGUCAUGGUCUGCCCACUGCAUCCCCGAUCCAGGCCAAGCGCAGUGCGGACGAGAUGGAACGCAGCUCUUCUCUUCAGCCCACCAGCCAGCCGAGCGAGCAGCCACAAGCCGCAAUUCCAGCGUCGCCAAGCCAAGCCUCCCGCAGGAAGACCUGGUUUGGUCUCGGCUGGGCCGCGGAGGACCAACCCGCUCCCGUCGAAGCUGACAAGGCGAACCUCGAGGCUGCGGAAGCUGCGGAUGCUGCAGGAUCUGCGUCUGACCAACCGCCUCCUCCGAUGAGCGAGGAAGAGGCGGCCUUCAGACGGUCUCUCGGUUACAACGACGUCUACGACCCAGCUGCGGACAAGCAACCGAGCGCUGGUGGCGACGCGGAACAGAAGCCCUUUCCCGCUGGUCGGGACUCGGACGCCACCAUCAGGGCGGCACAGAUCCCAGCCAGGGAUCGCCGCAUCUCCUGGAUCCCUUGGCGCAACGUAUCUGCUGCGGCCGAGCAAGGCUCACAAGACGCCGCUUCCAGCAGUGCUGAUACACCUGCGCACCAAGUGCAACAACCUCAGCCAGAUGCAAGCGCAUCAAAGACGGAGGCUCCCGUUACAUCAGAGGCGUCAGAAUCAGUUGGGACUCAGGAGAUGCGCAGCUCUGCAUCGCGCCAAGACGGUCAAGACACGGUCACAUACAAGACCGUCGUCAAACGAGGCUGGAUGGGCGCGCGGUACGAAGUGCAAGAGCCGGUGCCAAGUCUGCAGCACGCAUUUGAUCCACCGCAAGUCAAAGAUGACACGGACCUCGCAGCAGCAUCGAGCAAACCUAUGGAGCAAGACACCGACGCAGCCGCGGCUCAGGACCUUAGCGCGUAUCCGCCAGCUAGCACCAACGCCAGCGAUAGCAGACAGACGAGCGGCACUUGGCGGUGGAGAUUUUGGUCCGGUGCUGACGGGUCCACCUACGGCGAUCAGGCUCCAGCCGCUCAGGAGCUGGUGGUGUCGAGCGAACCACCUCCAACUGACCCCGCGGGAUCGACGCGCGUGGCGACCGAGCCUGACACGGCCGAGCCGAUGGACAUCGACCAGAACGGUCCGCCCGACGAUGCUCCGCACAAUGCUGACUCGGCAUCGUGGACCUACUCCUCGUAUGUCUCGCGAUGGGUGCCCACCUGGGUGUACAAUGCGCAGCAGCAGGAUUCAGCGACCAAAGAUGUUGAGGGCCCGAGCGACCAGACUAGCGAAGCCGUGGCCGAUAAGGCGAACACCAUCGAUGCGGCCGCCCAGACUCGUACCCCGGCGGAGCAGGUCAAAGCAGAAGCUCUCGCUCGAGACGCUUCCGUCGUCGCCCUUACGCCAAGCAAGGUCGUUCUCAACAAUUCGACCAAGAGUGGCUGGAUCAAUUUCUUCGGCUCACGCAGCGCAAAUCUGCCCAGAGAAGCGCCCGAAGCUAUCGGCAACAACGAUGGCGUGGAGGUGAUGGACAUUAGCGACAUGGAUGCACCCGUCCAGUCCACCUCCGCUCGCGACGUCGCUCUGCGCAACGGACGGCUGACGCCCGAUGUGGCUCGGGCACCGAGGGCGAGAACCGUCACCGGUGGCAGCCUGGCUGGCUCCAAGGCAUCUUCCUUCGCCAGCGAGUCGGACAUGCAGCGCGCAGCCACUCCACUCUCGACGAGUAAAGACAGCGUCCGCAACCUCAGCAAGGCCGCCAUCACCAAGGCCGCCAAUGUGACCGCCGCCUCUACACUCGGGCUCGGGAAAGGAAAGCGCACCGACGCACCAACAUCGACUUCUACCGCGUCUGGGACAGGCGAGCCUUCCGCUGGGUCACAAGCCUCCAAGGAUGCAGGCAAGGGCCUGGCGCCUAAUGGCUCGGGACCCUCCAGGUCGGGUGCCUCGACGCCGACCAAGUCAGUGGCGGAUCCUGUGUCUGCACCUCCGCCCAACCUCGUGCUGCCAUCCUUCGACGACACGUUCACUAGGGCCCCACGCAUGUGGCCUCCCAAGGUCGGUGUGCUCGAACGAACGCUCAGCGCGGUCAACAGCUAUCUCUUCAGUAAAGUUCCGGACCUCGAGCGCAUGAAGCGUCCCACGCGUUACUCGACCUACGGCGAUUCCAGCCUGGGAUCCAACUCCGCCACCUUCAAAGGGGCCGUGGCAUCUCUAGGAGGCAAGAAACCCGCCCAGCGAUUGGCUGGCAAAGCCAAGGCGAGCGGGCGGGGAUCGAGCCUGGACAAGGGUGUUGAGACGGCGCUCAAAGAGGUGGCCGAGUCUGCACAGCGGCUGCCGCGAGCCUGGUUCACCGUUGGCAUGCACGACCGCGCGCAGACCAGGGGCACGGCGGCUAUUGGCAAGAUUGUGGUGAUCGGAGUGCAUGGCUGGUUCACCCAGAGCAUCUUCAAGAACAUGAUCGGCGAGCCCACAGGCACGUCGGCCAAAUUCGCCGCGAUGCAGACCGAGUCGAUCCGACGCCACUUCCUCGAGGCGGGACUGGAAUUGAAUCCAGAGGCGAUCACCGCCAUAUCGCUGCAAGGCGACGGCAGAGUGGCGGACCGCGUCGACCGGCUAUUUGCCGAGCUCAUCAGCAGGCCCAAGUGGGUCGAAGACCUCAAGAGUGCAGACGCGCUGUUCCUCUCGGCCCACUCGCAGGGCGCUAUUGUGGCUACGCAGCUGCUGGCCAGGCUCAUCGAGCAGAGACACGUCAGGGCAGAGCAUACGAGGAUCUGCCUGCUGGCAAUGUGCGGCAUCCACCACGGGCCAUUCGCGCAUCUCAAGUCGAGCAUCACCGCGAGCUACAUCAACUACUUUGAGACUGCGGCGGCUAAGGAGCUGUUCGAGUUCCAGUCGUCCACCACGGCUGUUGCGCAGCAGUAUACGGCGGCGCUUAAAAUCGUGCUGGAUGCAGGCACAAAGUGCGUAUACAUCGGGUCGACCGAUGACAACGUCGUGCCAGUGUAUUCGGCGCUCAACCUGUGCAACAACCAUCCGUCGAUACUGCGCGCGCUGUACAUCGACGGCCAGGCGUUUCCGCGGGUGGACUUCCUGACGAACUUGCUGGUUCUCUGCGUCGCCGUGCGCAAUGCCGGGCUCAGCGACCACAACCUACUCACCCUGCUUUCGGCGAGUGUCGCCGGCAGUCUGUACGGCGGCCGCGGGCACUCGCAGGUGUACGAGGAGAAGGCGGUGUACGACUUAGCGACUCGGUACCUGUUCGAAGUCACCCACCCGCUUGCCGAGCCGACAUUCGCACCGGGUCCACCUGGUGCGACGUCCUCCAGCCUCAGCACCUCAACCAACCCGGGGAAGCGGCCAUCAACGGCGGAAUCCGAGACGAGCAAGGCGGCGCUCGUGUCCGAGGCAUUCGAGGCACAGCGGUGGAACCCGUACGAGCUGCCGUGGGCGCUGCGUGGACUGUUCGAAGACAAGCAUGUCAGGAGUCUGUUCGCAGAGGACAUGCUGAACCUGCUCGAGAGCUACGAGCAGUGGCGGCCGGACCCCAAGUCCAAGGCGCUCAAGGAUCUGCAGUGGAGGCUGGCGCCCAUGCGCAGCAUCAAGCCGCCGCCCAUCCAGGACGGCGAAGCCGACGCGGGUGCAAGCACAACCAAGGCAGAGGAGGCUGCGGGAGGUGAGACGGGCUCGAGCAAGAACUCGAAGCUGUAG